AUGCGCCCCCGCGCCGCGCCCCGCGCCCCCGCCGGCGCCGGCGCCGCGCUGGGGCUCUGCAGCCUCCUGCUGCUGCUCCCGCCAGGACCCGCGUGCCCCGCGGGCUGCGCCUGCACCGAUCCGCACACCGUGGACUGCCGCGACCGCGGGCUGCCCAGCGUGCCCGACCCCUUCCCCCUGGACGUGCGCAAGCUUCUGGUGGCCGGUAACCGCAUCCAGCACAUCCCCGAGGGCUUCUUCAUCUUCUACGGCGACCUGGUCUACCUGGACUUCAGGAACAACUCUCUGCGCUCUCUGGAGGAGGGCACGUUCAGCGGCUCGGCCAAGCUCGCCUUCCUCGACCUCAGCUACAACAACCUGACCCAGCUGGGCGCCGGCGCCUUCCGCUCGGCCGGGAGGCUGGUCAAGCUGAGCCUGGCCAACAACAACCUGGCAGGCGUGCACGAGGCCGCCUUCGAAACCCUGGAGUCGCUGCAGGUGCUGGAGCUCAACGACAACAACCUGCGCAGCCUCAACGUGGCCGCCCUGGCCGCGCUGCCUGCGCUGCGCACCCUGCGCCUGGACGGGAACCCCUGGCUCUGCGACUGCGACUUCGCCCACCUCUUCUCCUGGAUCCAGGAGAACGUGUCCAAGCUGCCCAAAGGCCUUGACGAAAUCCAAUGCUCCCUGCCCAUGGAGAACAGGAGGAUAUUCCUGCAAGAGCUGUCGGAGGCCAGCUUCAGCGAGUGCAAGUUCAGCCUCUCGCUCACAGACCUGUUCAUCAUCAUCUUCUCUGGCGUGGCUGUGUCCAUCGCCGCCAUCAUCUCCAGCUUUUUUCUGGCCACCGUGGUGCAGUGCUUCCAGAGGUGCGCCCCCAACAAAGACACUGAGGACGAAGAUGAGGAUGAGGACGACUGAACCACCUGCACCCCCUCCUCGCUCUCCAGACCCCCAGCAGGUGGCGCUCCUCCGAGGGAAAUGCUGAAAACGGAGAAGAAUUGACCAUCAGUGACCAGAGCAGCACCUGCUCUGAGCCUUGCCCCCGGGGCGCACCCGCUGAGACCGCUGAUCUCAGAGUUUAGAAUCCGCAGAGCGAAGGAGCCCAGGAAGGAUUCCCCGAGGAGAGCCUGCCUCUCGGCUUGAGGUGCGUGUGGGCAGAAGAUGACCGAGUCAGGUUUCAGAGGUGACAGCUGAAAACAGCACGGGGGAUGUGAAGACUGGCAGCUCUCACCUGCAAAGGUGACUUUGUGCCGUCCAUUUCUCUGACCUGGACCGCAGAACCAGGCAGCUUCUCCUUCCUGCUGAGAGGCAGCAGCCUAGACAGUGGGGAUUGGAGUUCAGGUCCGUCUCCACGGGAGUGGGACUUCUGCCCCUUCUGGAAUGGGCUUCGGCCGCCUUAGGGUGUUAUGCAGAGAACAACCCCACAUCUGGCUAAAGUGGCACCGAGGAAAAAGCUAAGACCUGACCGAAGGGUGUUUGUUGUUGUAUUUUGGUGAGCAGGUCAGAAAAAACAUUUGUUGACAGAACUCAAACCCCGAUCCUUAUCCUAAGAGGUAGCAACUGGUAAAGGAAGAACAGUCGUUUCUGUACACUUGUGAUGGCCUCUGCUGAGAGUCACUCUUCCCCCUGAAGCACAGCAGUUGUUUCCAUCUUGCCCCACCACCUCCUUCAGCCUCGAGUCCCACCUCAACUGAAUAACGCCUGUUCAUUCUCUGUGCUGGCACCGUUCCAGACUUGUCAUCUCCAGAACUUGCGAUAAACUUUCCUGGAGGCCAGGAUUCCAAAAAGCAGGUUAUAUCGGACCAAUAAAAUGUUAAAAAAAAAAACCAAAAAACCUGGGACUUGGCUUCUGUAGAACCUCCAUCAGUGGCCUUAGGGUGUGUGUGACAUUCUUUGGAGCAUAGGCUGUGACAGGCAGUGUUUUCCAGGAUGCGGACUGCAGCACUUUGGUUCAGAGACAGUAGGAAACAAUGCCAUGCACCCAGCAGGUUGAUGCAAGAUGAUGGGUAUCGGCAGCGUUGGACCUUGCUGGGGACUGACACUUAGACGAGGGGCUGGUGAGAAGCUCCUGGGAUAUUUGGGGAAGCAUCUUUCCAUUGUUUCCCAUAAUAUAUUCCUUAUGUUUCUUCCUCAUUGCUCUCUUGCAUCUUUGCCUCCACAAAGAAUUACUGAGUGCUUGCUAAGUGCCCUGGUCCAGGAAUUGUGGGUACACCUUCCAGAAGGAAGGUGGGGCCCCAGCUCCCUUGGGCCUCAAUAAUCUUAUGGGUAGAAUAUAAAACAAACAAGUAAACAAAACUAUAAUUGUAGGUAGUGAUAAGCGCCAUGAAGGAAAGAAAUGAGACCUUGUGACAGAGAGUAAGUGGGAGGAACCGGUCAAGAGUGGAUGGAUGGGUGUAUUAGGCAGGGCUCUCUAGAGAAACACGAUCAAUAGGAGCUCUGUCUGUCUAUCCAUCUAUCUGCAUUACAAGGAAUUGGCUCAGGCAGUUAUGGGAACUGAGAAGUCCCACAGUCUGCAGCCAGCCAGCUGGAGACCCAAGGAAUGCUGGUGGUGCA